AUGUCAAAUCCCUAUAAAUGCUCUGUGAGUCUGGAAGACUGGCUGGACUUCUCCAACAGCAACGUGGAGAAGGCCGACAGGCAGAGGAACAACUCGCUGGCGCUGAAGGCCCUGGUGGCCCGGAUCCUGUCGCAGACGGCCAACGACCUGCACAGGCAGUGCGACGUGGUGGACACGGCGUUCAGGAACGGGCUGAAGGAGACCAAGGCUGCCAGGGACCAGCUGGCCACCCACCUGGCCAAGGUCAUGGAGGAGAUUGCUUGCCAGGAGAAGAACAUCACAGUUCUGGAAAAGGCCAUCCUUGACCAAGAAGGGCCCGCCAAGGUGGUUCACACACGCCUGGAGACCAGAACGCACCGGCCUAACGUGGAGCUGUGCCGCGACGUGGCCCAGUACCGGCUGCUCAGGGAGGUCGGGGAGAUUGCCCACAACGUGGCCAGACUGAAGGAAGCCUUAGCCCGGGCUCAGGUGGAGCUGAAGGGCCUGAAUCGCAGGCAGCUGGUCCUGCAGGAGGAGAUCCAGGUCAAGGAGAACACCAUCUACAUCGAUGAGGUGCUGUGCAUGCACAUGAGGAAGUCCAUCCCCCUGCGGGACGGGGGCGACCAGGGCGAGUGGGCCGGGGGCCUCCGCCCCGACGCCGUCUGCUGACAGCAUGCGUGGGGCUGACGCUGAGUAAACCGU